GCCCGCACACACACACGCACACCCACCCCCACCCACAGCCACACCCACACCCACACCCACACCCACCCACACCCACACCCACACCCACACCCACACCCUUGAUUCUCGAUAGUGAUCUGGAAAAUCAAUACUUCCAAGUACAACAAUUGUCAACCUUAUCAAGAGUUAAAAUUCUCAAUAAUAAUGAUUGGCAAGCCAGUUCCUUACGCAAUGAAGAACCUUCUCUCUUGGAUCUGCAGUAUAUGUCCGACAGUAAUUGGUCAGAAUUGUUGAUGGCAUUAACAAAAAUGAUACAAUUUGUCGUGCGAUGCAUUUGAUUUUUAAAAACGAAGUCGAUCAAAAGCAAUUGACCUACGUUAGAACUCUAUUGGAUAAUCAGUUUCAAUUGAAAAGUUUAAUAAUUACUGGUACUGAUAAUCUUUUGGAUCUAUCAAUUCAACGUGACUUAUUUUAAUAUCUAAAAUAAAACAAUUCCAUCACCGAUCUUGAACUUCAUUUCAAAAUCGAUUCAAACGUUUUUAAUGAGUUUGUAGAUCUUCUGACGAGCAAAAUCAAUUUUAUUCGGUUGGCUCUGCCUGACAGUUCAAAUAUAAACGAUAAAGAAGCCAUAAUGUUGAGUCAAGCUUUAAAGAACAAUACUGUUCUACGUAGUCUUACAAUCAAUCAAAGUCAAAUUUGUGAUAUUGGUUUUGAAGCAUUUCUGUCUUCAUUACCCAACUCAUUAUCGCAAUUAAUCAUGAACAACAAUCAAAUCACUGAAAAAAGUCUACCUUCUCUACUUGCUUUUAUCAAUGACUCUCCUAUUUUAAAACACAUUUCUCUUAGAGAAAACCGUAUACGCAGCAAUUGUUCAACCGAAAUAAAUGUCCUUGAAUUCGCCGAGAAAAUGGUCAAAAUUACAGAUGCAAAUCAGUGUAUUUUGAACUUGGGAAUAAAUGAUAAGGUUACAAUUGCAAUAGCAGACUCGACAAAUGAUUAUAUCAGUUUUUUAUAUAGAUCACUAGAAGAUGAUGAUGUACUUGGAUUACAUUAUGAAUUAAAGAAAAUGCCCAAUCGAAAUUGGUCACUGGACCUCAGUUACAACAGAGAUAUAUCGUCCGUUGGUUAUCGUUAUUUCACUGAUAUUCUGUCUUCUACAAUUAACAUUGUUGAAAUAUCUUUUAAACGAAAUCAAAUGAACGAGGAAGCACGGACAAGUUUUCUCAAUGGCCUUUCUAAAAAUAGGACACUGAAAAAUGUCAUCAUUUGCGAGAAUACACUUAACAGUCAAGAUAUGGAUUAUAUUGGACGAUUCAUACAAAACAAUUCAAUCCUUGAACAAAUCGAUUUACAUGAUUGUGAAAUUGAUGAUGAUGGAGCAAUACAUUUAGCCAAAUAUUUACCGGCAUGUAGUCUCGAGAAUCUAGAGUUAAGUCAAAAUUCUAUUAGUGAUCGUGGUUGUGCAAGUCUUCUUUCUUCCAUUCCUCCCACCUUAUUGUAUUUGUCACUUCGUGGAAAUCAAAUAACAAAAUCAAGUUUACAAACAAUUCUUACUUUUCUUGAUGUCAAUCAAACAUUAAAAAAUCUUACCAUAAGGAACAAUCCGAUUCUGGAAGAAACAAUUUAUGAAAAAAUAUAUGAAGCUGCAAAACAAAAUAAUAUUUGUGAAAUUGGUUAA